ACUCGCGUGGAGAGAGAGAGAGAGAGAGAAAAAAAAGAGAGACGUGCGUCUAACAAAAGAGUGUCGCGUCUGCAUUUUCUGCCCCCCUGCCGCGCCUCCUCCCCGCUCGCUCUGGCGUAGAAGAUGCUGGCGUAGACGUUCCCGAGCGGAGGCGGAGAUGUGCCGAUCGAUUCAGUCGCUCGCCGGCGUGCGUGCAGGGCGUCCGCGGAAAAGGCCACGGAGGGGAAUCGACGAUAAACAUUUCGACGCCGCGCGCCCGUGUCGUGUCGCUCGUGUGUGAGUGUAAGCGUAUGCGCGUGCGCGCGUGUGUGCGUGCGUGUGUGUGUGCGUACACAUUCGCCCAGCUGCGGUGGGCCACCCUGUUUUGACAACACGCGCCCGCCAGUCAAAUGCCGCACCGGAAUUUCGAGUCGGCUGUUUGGGUUCGCCGGUGAGUCGGCCCGUAACAACAGACACAAAUCUCCGCGUUCGUUUCUCUACUCACGCGACAACAAGCCCUCUUGCACAUCCGUGCUGUUCACUGAAUCAAAAUAUCACCAUAUUUCUCUUGUUAUGCUCUGUCUGAAAUCGCAUCCGCGUGUGUUUGAUCGUGCGUGCGGCAUUAUCCAUUACGUACCUCGAUCUCUACUUUUUUGCUUUGCCCUCCCUAAAAGCAAAUAAAGCUCCUUCGGCGAAGUAAGAAGCAAUUCGCUCGAGUAAUCCCCUCUCGCAAGUGACGCCAAAGUAAUUAUUUACUCGAAACAGCCCUCCGGAAAGCUUCCAAAAAUCGAAGACAUUUCUCUCAGUCAGAGGAAUAAAAUGUAGCUAUCGCCCUACAAAGUAUUUGGUCCUAUCAAAUCGCUACUUUCACCGUUGCAGAUCGCGGACUAAAUACGCAAAGAGAGAACAUUUUCUACGUGUUUGUGUAUGUGUGUGUGUGUGUGUCUGCGAAAGAAUUUUCAAAAUCACUUACCGUUCAAAAACUAGAUCUCGGCCGAAUGCAGAAACACUGAUAUACUUGUGUGUUCGAAGCACCAGCAAAUCGAAGCGAAGUCUAGCCAUAUUGGCCAAAAGAAAGUUGGUUCCGUCGGAAUGGAGUGAUCGUAAAAGUAGUCGGCGACGUACUUUCUUCUCUCCGGUGAGGCUUUUGUUUUAAUUUACCGAUAAGGUAAUCAGAAACGAUAGACACACUAUUGUGAGCGAGUGUUUUGGUGUUCUGAAGACGGCACUACUGAGAACCAGCCGAAACGUUGAAAGUUCACCUGCUGCUUCGUACGACGAAUCUUCGCGGAUCAUCUGGGCCUGCGGCGUGCGCGGCCUCUCAUCAGAAAUGCUCCACUCCCACAUGGGGAGCGGCUAGAUACCGCCCCUGCACCAACACCGUCGAUCGUCCGACGCCAUCUUGCAGCUCCACACCUGCGAUCGCAGGAACGUCCGCUCCCGCGAGGUUGGUACGACUGCAGACGGCUAACCGGCCGCCAUGGUGUCCCACAUCGCAACCGGCGCGGAGCUGGACGCCGCGCUGAAGAUAAAGCAGGAGCCGGGCUUCCCGCACGUGUCGGCCGUCCAGCCGCCCUCGCACGUGCACGGUAGCGCAUCUUCAGGGCAGUUCAACCGGCAGUCGGACGGCAGCGGCGCCGCACCACAGCACCAGCUGUACCUGGUCAAGACGGAGCUGCUGGCCGCCGACUCUGAUGUUGGCAACACUGGAGCGCCGCUCACCCCCGGCGCGGAGGACGUGACGAGCAGCACGGGCCUGGGCCAGCAGCAGGCCGUGGAGCCGCACCACCACACCCUGGUCGCCAUGGCGCUCGAGCACCACCACGCCAGCUACCUCCAGCCUGGGUCGCCAUCUUUCUUCCCCUUCCUGUCCUCACCGCCACAGCACCAGAGAAACUUCCAGACGUCCUCACACCUCAGCGAGGCGAGCCCUGGACGCGGCAGCGGCGGCGGCGGCACUGGAGGCGGCGUGAGCAGCUCCGGCGGGGGCGGCAGCCCGCCCCCACACGGCGACAGCACCACCAACCCUACCUCGGCCAGCCUGUCAGUCUCCGAGGUUGGCAGCACUGGCCAGGCUGCCCCCGACUCGUCCCACGCCGGCGGCGGCCGCUGUGAGGCCGACACCCCGGCGUCGGACACGACGACGUCGACGGGCGACGCGGCCACUCCGACCUCCGCAUCCGGUGGCGCCGCCAACAGCGCCAGCGGCGCCACUGACAACAAAAGUGGGGGAACCACCACGGGCAGUGCUGCCAACGGAGUGGGCGAGGAGCAGCGCUCCGGCGACGCUGGCUCGGCCAACACUGCCAACACGAAGCCGCCGUUCUCCUACGUGGCGCUCAUCGCUAUGGCCAUAGCGCAAUCGCCGCACAGGAGGGCGACUCUGUCGGAGAUCUACGCCUACAUCACGAGCCGCUUCCCCUACUUCGAGCGCAACAAGAAGGGCUGGCAGAACUCCAUCCGGCACAACCUGUCGCUCAACGAGUGCUUCGUCAAGGUGCCGCGAGAGGGCGGCGACCGCAAGGGCAACUACUGGACGCUCGACCCACAGUACGAGGACAUGUUCGAGAACGGCAACUUCCGGCGGCGGCGGCGCAUGAAGCGGCCGUUCCGCGGCGGCCUGGGGGCGGUGGCCGCCCCCGCCGUGCCGUACGGCGCCGCCGCCGCCUACCACCCGCACCACCACGCGCACCACCACCACCACCACCACCUGGUGGCGGCGCACCACGCGCACCCGCACCACCAGCACCACGGCCCCGGCCAGCACCCGCUGCAUGGCCACCACGGCCACCAGCCGCACCAGCAGCAGCACCACGCCCACCCCCACGCGGGGCUCGCCGUCCACCCCCAGCUGCUGGGCGCCGCCGCGCGCUCGCUCUUCGGGCCGUCGGCGCUCCAGGCCGCCGCCGCCGCCGGGGGCGGGGCCGUCGGGGGCGGAGGCGUCGGCGUCGGGGGCGGCGCCGUCCCGCCCCCCGCCUACCCGCACUACGGCAGGUACGAGCACAGGUCAGUACCUCGCAGUGCGACGGACCUCACCGAGAUCGCGAGGUAG